GAAGCGCCGGUGGCCGGGGAAGGUUGCAGCCAUGUCGGAGCGGAAAGUGUUGAACAAAUACUACCCUCCAGACUUCGACCCAGCUAAGAUCCCCAAGCUCAAGCUCCCCAAGGAUCGGCAGUAUGUGGUGCGGCUCAUGGCCCCCUUCAACAUGCGCUGCAAGACCUGUGGGGAGUACAUCUACAAGGGGAAGAAGUUCAAUGCCCGGAAGGAGACAGUGCAGAACGAGGUCUACCUGGGGCUCCCCAUCUUCCGCUUCUACAUCAAGUGCACUCGCUGCCUGGCAGAGAUCACCUUCAAGACAGACCCAGAGAACACAGACUACACCAUGGAGCACGGCGCCACCCGCAACUUCCAGGCGGAGAAGCUCCUGGAGGAAGAGGAGAAGAGGAUGCAGAAGGAGAGGGAAGAGGAAGAGCUCAACAAUCCCAUGAAGGUGCUGGAGAACAGAACCAAGGACUCCAAGCUGGAGAUGGAGGUCCUGGAGAACCUGCAGGAGCUGAAGGAGCUCAACCAGCGCCAGGCAAAUGUGGACUUUGAGGCCAUGCUGAGGCAGUACCAGGAGCAUGAGGAGGAGCAGAGGCUCAGGGAGCAGCAGGAGGAUGAGGAGGAGCUGAGAGCCAUGCUGGAGCAGGCCCAGAACAGGAGGCUGCUGGUGGACUCUGACUCUGAUGAGGAGCCUGCAAGGUCACACCUGAGGCCUGUGGGCAAAACUAAACCUACAGACAUCCUGCAGGAGGAGCCUCAGCCCCAGAGUAAGAAGCUGAAGACGGAGAGCUGGGAGCGCAGUGUGGGCAAGCUGAGCAGCAAGGCCCAGCUGGCAGGGCUGGUGGCAGUGAAGAGGCCAAAGCCAGGCCCUGCCCUGCCCAAUGGCACAGGGAAGCAGAGCACCACAGCCAGCACUGGCUCCUUCCCCACAGGCACCACCAGCACCUCCUCCUCCUCCCUGGGCUUGCUGGGGGCAUAUUCAGACAGUGAGGACAGCAGCAGUGACUGAGGAGCCGCCAGGCCAGGCCAGAGCUCGGAGCACAGGGCUGGCCCCAGCCCCAGCUGGCAGCAGAUGCUCUCCAGAGCCCCACAUGGAGCUGGCAUCAAAGCCCUCAGGGUCUGCAGACCAUCUGGAGCCCUUCACCUGCCCAGCCUGGGGGAGUGCAGCCACCCCCCAGCAGCUGAAGCACCACCAGCAGACAGAAGCCUGACAGCUCCUCACAGGACUUCACAUCACUGCUGCCUGGCACUGUCCUGGGCUGGCUGUGCCCAGCCCCAGCUUCCAGCCAGGCCCAGCCCUGCACCUGGAAUGUGUUUGGAGCUACUGGGCCUGGCCAGGAGGGUGGAGGUCUCCAUUCUGCCCUCAGCCCCACACUGAUGGUGCCUGGGCCAGGGGCUGGGACUCACUGACCCUCCCACAGCAAACCAGGCACUGCAGAGCCUCCCUUCCCUCAGCACCACUCUGUGC